AUGCUACUUUAAAACAAAAUCUUCAACAAUUAAUUUGUUGUUCACAAAAAAUUAUCAUCUGGGUCUUUUGGAAUUGUUUAUUAAGGACUCGAUUAAAUUAAUAAACAGGAGGUAGCAAUAAAGAUUGAAAAAGAAGAAAAUGAAGAGGUUAGAUCACUAGAUAGAGAAGUUUAAAUAUUCAAGAGAUUAGGUACUCUUGAAGGAGUUCCAUAAUUAAUAUGGUUUGGAGAGGAAAAUAAUGAUAAAAUCUUGGUGAUGUAGUUGUUAGGAAAAGAUCUUUCGUACCAUUUUAAGCAGUUGAAACGAUUCACACUGAAGACUGCUUUAUUGAUAGGGAUAUAAUUAAUUGAUGUGCUAGAGAAAAUACAUUAAUAAGGUGUUGUACAUCGUGAUCUUAAACCAGAAAAUAUUGUUUUAGGAUCUGGAAAAGACAAUGGUAAAAUAUAUUUAAUCGAUUUCGGUAUAAGUAAAAUCUAUAAAGAUGCCAAUAACCAUCAUAUGUAUUUAUUUAGUUUAUUUUAGGCCCUUCCGUGAAUAACGAUCAUUUCUGGGUACUACUCGUUAUGCAUCUAUAGCAGCUCAUUUAGGCCAUGAAUUAAGUAGAAAGGAUGAUCUAGAAUCAAUGAUGUACAUCAUACUCUAUUUUAUAAGAGGGUAUUAUUAUUUUAAUAUAAAGAUAGUUGCCUUGGCAGAAUUUGUAAAAUGUUACAGAUAAAGAAAGAACAAAAAAAGUAGGUGAAAUGAAGAUAUUAAUGUAGAAUGAGAUAUUUAGAGAUCAACCAAAAGAGUUUUAAAAGAUAUUUGAGUAAUUUGUAACAUAAAUAAAGUUACAUUCGUUAAUUGUCCUUCAAGGCAGAUCCAAAUUACAAGAUGAUUACUUUUGAAUUGAAGAAAGCAGCAGAUUCAUUAAAACUUAAUUUAGAUGGAUAUUAUGAUUGGACUGAAGUAAGAUCAUCUACUCAUUUUGAUUCAUUAAUUCCACAUAAUUCAGUUGAAAUGAAAAAGUCAAUUGAAAAAUAACUAUCAGGAAUUUUAUAUUAAUAAAAGUACUCUCUCAUUGUAAUUUUAGCUCCUGUAAUUUAUUGGCUCCUCCUUUAUCAAGUAGAAAUACAUUUAAUGGUAGAGAAGAAAAUAAGAGACAAACUGUUGCAUCACUAUAAGGUUAAUUAUAUUUCAAUAUUUUAAGGAAGUUUAUAAUGUCUAUCUCUCAAUCCUUAAUAUUAGACUUCAAGAAAAUGUUCAAAUGAUAACAUAGAUUAUGAAACUGAUUUAAUUAGUUAUCAGAAGAAUGAAUUUUAUGAUAAUGAUUAAUCUCUAUUCAUUAAAUAUUCACAUUUACAUAGCAAAAAGUACAUUAUUCAUUAUAUUUUUAGAUUUCUUUUGUUAUCAACUUUACAUUGA